AUGGCGCCACGAACGUCCCGAUCAGUCGCGUCCGCGGCUCCCGACGCUCAGGCUCACGAGCCUACCGAUGACAACAUGAGCCUCGACGUGCCAGAACAGCUCUUGACGCCUGAAAACAGCCGCUCGGAGACCUCGAGCAACAACGAGAACGCGCUGACCGACGAAAAACCCGCAGGACGGCGAAGGUCAACACGGGUUGCACGCGCAUCGUUGCGACCCGGCGAGUCACUAGACGACACAAACAAGGAGCCCGCGGCCUCAUCUAGCGAGGCAUAUGUCGACAGCCUUGCCAAAGCGAAACGAUCUCACUCUUCUCUCCGCCACAGUAUUGCAGUGAUGGAAUCCUCCUUGUGGAGCGGAGCUCCAGUCGACGAUGAUACCGUGGCCGACGGCACUGUGGCCCCCGAUACACCAGUCUCAAAGUCUUCCCAGGACUUGCAAUCAGAGGAUAUGAACACGGCGCUUCAGCAGCGGACGCUACGGAAGCGUGUGGGGAAGGCAUUGGCCGAAGACGAAGGAGCGCCCACGGCUGAGGUGGUCCCAUCCCGAACCUCUCCUCGCAAGUCUCUACGACGGUCUGGUCGCUUCAGUCUGAUGGAUAAGGCUUCAGAUCUGGUCGACCGGGCCAGCAGUAUAUUGGGAAAGCGCACGAGAGGCCUGGCAGACAAGGAUCUUGGUCGGCUCAACGAGCCUGCAUCAAAGAAGCGUCGAGUAUCUGAGAGCGACUUGCCCAAGCUCCAAGAUCAGGAUACUCCUGAACCAGAGGAACCGGCUGUAUCUGCUUCGCGACCUCGCAAGAUAUGGCUGUCGCAUGGCCUUUACACAGGACAGGAACCCUCGGACUCGCCUCCUAAGCAGCGCCGGAGUAAGAAUUCGAAGAAGACUGGAACCGGUCCCAUGCAGCGCACCAUCCUUCCCAUGCCAAUGUUCAAGGGUGCUCGUCUUUUGAAGACUGGGCGGGACUACCAGCUGCCGUAUGAUAUCUUCUCGCCACUGCCACCUGGACAGCCUAAACCCAACGAAUGGCGCAAGACUAACAAGAAUGUUUUUGUUGGUGAUGCCGGAAGUUUUUGGAAAGCGAACAAGAAACUCGAGCUGUCUACUUGUAUGUGCACUGAAGACACUGGCUGUGAUGAGAAUUGCCAGAACCGCUAUAUGUUCUACGAGUGCGACAACGGUAACUGCCGGCUGGGUCCUGAGUGCGGUAACCGAAACUUCGAGGGCCUUAAGCAGCGGACUAAGGCCGGGGGCAAGUAUAACAUUGGAGUCGAAGUCAUCAAGACAGCAGAUCGCGGAUAUGGCGUCCGCAGCAAUCGUUCCUUCGAGCCCAACCAAAUUAUUGUGGAGUACACCGGCGAGAUUCUCACCCAGCUUGAAUGCGAGAAGAGGAUGAGAACAGUGUACAAAAACAACGACUGUUAUUACCUUAUGUAUUUUGAUCAAAACAUGAUCAUCGAUGCUACUCGCGGUUCUAUUGCUCGCUUUGUUAACCAUGCCUGUGAGCCAAACUGCCGUAUGGAGAAAUGGACUGUCGCUGGCAAGCCACGCAUGGCGCUCUUCGCUGGAGAUCGAGGAGUCUCCACAGGGGAGGAAUUGAGCUAUGACUACAACUUUGAUCCCUACUCGAACAAGAAUGUCCAAGAAUGCCGCUGUGGAUCAGCGAACUGUCGAGGCUUCCUUGGUCCACGGCUGAAGGAAAAGCAGCAACGUGCCAAAGAACUCGAGAAACGAAAGGCCGAGGCAAGUCCAAAGACGACAACUGCCAAAAAGGUCAUUGGCAAAAAGCGAAAGGACUCAGAAGAAUCCGAAAGCGACGACGAGGCCCCGCAAGGCAAGAAGCGCAAGAUUAUCAAGUCCAAGUCCAUCAAGGCCGGCGUGAAAAAGGCCGUGGCUACCGUCCGUGGGAAGAAGACGACCAAGACAACGGCAAAGGGCAAAUCCACAACUGCUGUCAAGUCGAAGACCAACGUUAAGCUACCAACCGUCAAAGCCACAGGCCGGAUCAAGGCCACUGUGCGUGCUUCCCGAUCAAACAAGACAGCCAAAGAAACUCCGGCUUCUCCCAAGAAGACAACAUCCCAGCUCAAGCGGCCCUCCGCUGAGACCAAGAAGAAAAUUCUCGCUACUGCUUCCAAAGGCUCCGGAGCUUCUCCUCGCAAGCCUGCGAGAAAGGUCCCUGCCAAGAGCCCAGUUAAGGCUAAGAAGCCCGCUCCCAAGGCUAAAAGCACUCCCAAAGGGGGCUUUGGCAAGGGAGUCAAAAGUGCAGCUCGGCGUGUUAUGAAGUCUGUCAAGGGAUCAAAGAAAUAA